CCCUCCACGGGCAAGGUCAGGGCAGUAGUGUUGUCUCUGUGUAUAUAAACAGACAGAGACAACAACCUCCGUGCAUUACAUUUACCUACGCGAUACAACCGCCAUGGCUCCCCGUCUCACAGCUGUCGCCCUCGCUCUCUUCGCGAUAGGCGUGGGCGCCCAGAACGGCCUUCCCGGCUACAGCUACGGCGCCCCCAAAGACCCUCUGGCCCCGGCUGGCUCCAGCGGCCCCGGCGUAGAAGCGGAGACGGCGGAUCCCAUAUCGGCGCUCGCUGCCAACAUCCCUGGCGGAGGCGUCCCUGGCGAGGACUACCCCAUCCUGGCCUCCGUCCCCGACACCGGAUUCUCCUGCGAAGCACAGCAGUUCCCGGGCUACUACGCUGACGUUGCCCCCGAGGCCGGCUGCCAAGUCUUCCACAUCUGCCAGUUCGACGGUCGCCAGGACGCCUUCCUGUGCCCCAACGGCUCCAUCUUCAACCAGCAGUACUUCGUGUGCGACUGGUGGUUCAACGUAGACUGCGCAGCGUCCCUGCAGUUCUUCGGCCUCAACGCUGACAUCGGGAAGGUCCCCGAAGACAGCACGACUGAGCCGUCGGACAGCUACGGCGCGCCUCCGACCGAGCAGCAGUAUCAGCAGCCACAGAACCAGUACCAGCAGCCACAAACUCAGCAGAAUCAGCCUCCAGCACCUCCUCCGAACCAGCUGUACGGCACGCCAAACCGCCGCGGCUGAACCUAUCUAAUAUAACUGUUUUAUAUUAUUGUCUCUGAUGUGAGCUUUUUCAAGUGAUACAUAAGUUCUGUCUGUGAACUUAGUAGAAAGCAGUAGAGUCAUGUUUAUUUAUAAGUAAUGCUUGCACUGGAAGCACAGAACAUUGCCAUAUGUAUCCUAACUUAUAUAUAUAUAUAUAUAUUAUUUAAUCAAAGCGCAAUCAAUUGGCAAAUGCAAAUUCAUCAAAAAUAAAAUGUUUUCUAAUCA